GGGCCGCACCCUCUGGCCUGCCCCACCCUGGGCAGCUGCAGGAAAUAUCCAUUCCAGGCACGGGCUCUCUCCGCGGCUGAGUCUUCCUCCUAGGGGCGCCCAAAAGGCUCGUGGCCGCCGUGGAGCCCCUCCCAGACCGUGACCAGGAACUUGAUGGGCGGGGAUCCCCUGGCAGGCAGCUCGCUCGAUUUUCUUCUCUCGGUUCUCGUGCCUCGGAACUAACUCCUCGGCGGCGCCUGGACUCGGGCUGUGCAGCUGCAAAGCUUGGUGGGAUCCCGCUUUGGGUCCUCAGACCGAGCUGCCGCCGCCGUCGCUGUCCGAGGCCCGGCCGGGAGGAGAAAAGAGGCAUUAACUCCUACGAGGAGGGGGACGGGUGGUGGCACUAGAAACUUUUCUCAUUGCCCAGGUCUACCCCUGUUCUUGGAGUACCAUGCUUCGUUGGGUGAGGGGCUUCGUACUGCCCGAGGCGGUCUGCCAGGAAACCGAUACCCCAAACCGCUUUGAAAACCUCUUCCAAAAAUUGGACCGCAACGGGGAUGGAAAAGUGGACAUCAGCGAGCUGCAGGAGGGCCUGAAAAACCUGGGCAUCCCUCUAGGCCGAGACGCGGAAGAGAAAAUUUUCAAUAUUGGUGAUGUUAACCGUGAUGGGCGACUGGACUUUGAAGAAUUUAUGAAGUAUCUUAAAGAUCAUGAGAAAAAGAUGAAGUUGGCAUUUAAGAGUCUGGACAAAAAUAAUGAUGGAAUAAUUGAUGCUUUAGAAGUUGUCCAGUCUCUGAAGAUCCUAGGCAUAGAUAUUUCUGAACAACAAGCAAAGAAGAUUCUUCAAAGCAUUGAUGCUGAUGGGACAAUGUCAGUAGACUGGAAUGAAUGGAGAGACUACUUUUUAUUUAAUCCUGCUGAAAACAUUGAGGAAAUAAUUCGCUUCUGGAAACAUUCUGGGAUCGACAUAGGAGAUAGCUUAUCUAUUCCAGACGAUUUCACAGAAGAAGAAAAGAAAACUGGUCAAUGGUGGAGACAGCUUUUGGCAGGGGGGAUCGCUGGGGCUGUCUCACGAACAAGUACAGCACCUUUAGAUCGAAUGAAGGUCAUGAUGCAGGUUUAUGGUUCAAAGUCAAACAAAAUGAGCCUACUCGGUGGAUUUAAGCAGAUGGUAAAAGAAGGAGGCAUCCGGUCCCUUUGGAGAGGAAAUGGUGUGAAUGUCAUUAAAAUUGCUCCUGAGACAGCUGUUAAAUUCUGGGCAUAUGAACAGUAUAAGAAAUUGCUGACCAAAGAUGGUGCCAAAUUAGGAAACACUGAGAGAUUUAUUUCUGGUUCCAUGGCAGGUGCUACAGCCCAGACAUUCAUCUACCCCAUGGAAGUUUUAAAGACAAGGUUGGCUGUAGGCAAAACUGGGCAAUACUCAGGAAUUUAUGACUGUGCCAAGAAAAUCUUGAAGUAUGAGGGUGUGAAAGCCUUUUACAAGGGCUACAUCCCGAACUUCCUCGGUAUCAUCCCCUAUGCAGGAAUAGAUUUGGCUGUUUAUGAGCUAUUGAAGAAUUAUUGGCUCGAGCAUCAUGCAGAAGACUCUGUAAACCCUGGGGUAUUUGUGCUGUUAGGAUGUGGUACCUUGUCCAGUACAUGUGGCCAAUUGGCCAGCUAUCCUCUGGCUCUAGUCAGGACUCGCAUGCAGGCUCAAGCCAUGGUGGAAGGAGGACCCCAGUUGAGUAUGAUUGGCCUCUUUAAGAGAAUAAUUACCCAACAAGGAAUCCUUGGACUUUACAGUGGAAUUACGCCUAACUUCAUGAAAGUGCUCCCUGCAGUGAGCAUCAGCUAUGUUGUAUAUGAGAAAAUGAAGGAAAGCUUGGGAAUAGCCUCAAAGUGAAGUGCAAAUUCUUAGCUGGAGCCUGAUUCCAUGAAAGCACGAUAAUAUUUGUGUGUCUCUCAUCAUUUAAAGUCACCAAAGAUCUUUGAGAAGAGAUGCAUCAUGGCCUCACUGGGAGAAACAUAUUAAAGAACAUGUCAGGCAUCUUAUCUUAAUUUUAUACAUGUAAAAAUUUAAAGAUGAAAUCACAUUUUUGUUAAGUUUUUUUUAUGUUAAAACAUUUGAUAUUCACAGAGCUCUACUUGCCUUUCCAACUACUGUCCUCUUGGCUCCUGAUACCACAUUUAAAACAGUUGUUCAAUUAACUUGAAACACAAUCGAAGAGAAACUUAUUAUCAAGAGUAAAGUUUUCAGACAUUCACUUUUUGGUCAGCUAGACCUAUUUAUGUUAUCUUUUGUAUUGAAAUGCCUUAAACAAUUCGCCAGCUGGGGUUUACAUUUUAAAAAAAAUAAAUUUUGAAUAUCUUUUGCAACCAUUUUGGGGAAAAAACCUUCAAACAACCAGUUCACUUAAGCUAGUUGAUAAUAACUAAGCAGAUAGAGUUCUUUUUUUUUUUUUAAGCAAAAUAAAAACAAGGGGAGAGUUGUCAAAGUGUGGCAAUACCUCCAUUUCUUAUUCUAAUGUAUUGGAAGAGUGAUGAAAUUAUGCUCAUUUCACUGCUUAUCUUUUUGGCUUUAUCUGUAGAUGUUAUUAUAUCAAUAGCUCAUUUUAAUUCUCAUUACUAAAUUUGGAAAGGAAAUCACCAGUAUGAACAAAUUUGCUUUAUGAUGGAGGGCUCAGUGAGAACAUCCUUUGAAAUUUUAAAUUCCACUUCUCAGUUACUUUUGGGAAUUGAAUAAUUUCUCUUUCAUUCAGUUUCAUUGCUGUUACUCCUCUCUUCUUGCAUAGUUUGAGUGAGGAAACAACAGUGUUUUUUCCCCAAUAGUUCUCCAAGAUUUCUCAGCGCUUUCAUCACAGCUACCUUGUUAAUUUGGUAAUAUAACUGUCAUCAUUUCUGUUUUAUAGAAGUGAAAUGAUUCACCCAAAGGAACAGACAUAAUAAAUGGCAGAGCUGGAUCUCUAUAACAGGCUGAUACCAGUCAUUCACUUGGUUAAUCAAUGGCCAAGCACUAUUAAGCUCUAGGGAUACAAUAAAAGGGGCAAAACCCCCUUCUUAUCCUCAAAGAGCUUUCAUUCCAAUGGAGAGAUGAUGUACAAAUAAUUAGAUACAUAUAAGAUAUAUUUAGCAUAGAGAGAAGGUAAAUGGAGACAUUAACAGAUGGGAUUGGAAAAUGAUGAUUCUUUCUUUCCAUUAUACCCAGCAUCUCCUCAGAAAUGAGCCUAAGGGAGUUUCCUGUGUGCCAACUAAGAUUAUCCAUAUGCCAGGAGCACCAGGUGUUCUUGGCGGUUGAUUUCAAUUCCAGGUUACAUUUCAGUGGAACAUGGAUGAUUAUACAGAGAAAUACCCUAGAACUGCUGUAACAGCAGUCCACGCCUGUGCUCUGAAACCUAGUAUGAAAUUCCUUGCAUUUUAUCUCUAAGCUAUUCUUUGCCCAAAAGGAAGAGUUCCUAUUUCCAUUGUCAACAUUAGGGUCUAAAUUGUUUGCUACAUGUGUAGCUAAUAGCUAGGCACUAAUUCCCUUUUAAAAAAAAUACUUUUAAUUUAUGGAAUAAAAUAGGCAUUUCUAUAACAGUACAAUAAAAAAAAUUGCACAUGAAAUGGCAAAUUUACUAUAUGCAAUUUGCUAUUCCUUUCAAAUAUACAAUAAAAUUAUCAUGUAAAUUUCUUUUCCCCCCCUUUUCCCUCUCUCUCUUCCUCUCUUUGCACCUAGAGAUGGAUUCCAUUUGAAACAAAAAGGUGCACGUGCAUACACGCACAUAAAACUAUAUGUAAAAUUAUCCUAUACAUCUGUUUCAUUUCUUUCUCUGGAUGAAGAGAGCAUCUUUCUUCAUAUAUCCUUUAUAUUUAAUUUGGAUAUUUGAUUGUAUAUUGGUUGUUAUUUGAAGAGUACUCUAGGGUAUAAAAUAUCCAUAUUGUAACAUUACUGACCUGAAUUUGUGUCCACAAAGCAUUUUUUUUUCUGGGCAGGUCUUUUCUCUCCCCUGAAAAUUGUUGAAUAAGCUUUAAAAAUAUUUAUUAGGAGCUUAUAAUUCAGUUCCCCAAACUUGUAAAUAAUAAGUUUGAGGAUUCCCAAUAGGCUUUUUUUUUUUAAGCUGCUGUUGUAAUCUAGAUUGGUGAAAAAAAAAUCAAGUACUACUUAUAUCUACUGUUUGCUUUUCCUUAGUCUACCUCCUGUAUUUUUUGAGCCAAAGAAAGCAACAAGACAUUUGACCUCUACUGAAUGCUUGGGAAGUUUGAUUUGAAAAGUAAUUUUCAUGCAAAAUUAUUCCUUCUGAAGGUUUCCGUGUCUAAAAUAUAUGUGACAAAUGUAGAAAGUAGUUGUGUCCUCCAGGGAUUUUUUGGUACCUUGGAAUAAGCCCUAAAUAGCUCAGCAGGAUACACAUUUCAGUUUUUAUUUUAUUCAUCAAACAGGAGGAUUGAUCAUUUUGCUAACUUUGACAUAUAUCUAGUUGCUAAAAAAGAGAAACUGCUCAGCUGUCACCAUUUGCUUUUAUGGAGAUUAUUUGAAAUGGUAAAGGAAUGAAAGUGAUUUAUAUGUGCUUCAUGUCUCUCUUGAAAACAUCUGUUUACUUUCAUAAAACUUCAAUUUUAAAAUAG